CAUAUUUAUACAUGUAAACACGUGUUCAUUCAAAACACGUAAAUAAUCUUUAUACAUAAUGACUAUCAAGUAUAUAUCAUCUCGAAUAAUGUUGAAUUCGAUAUUUAAAUAAAUGUAGCAUUUAUUAAGCACUUGAAUAUGUCAAUAAUGAAACUACUGUUAAUAAUCAAACAAAAGCAUUUAAUAAGAUAUAUUGUUUGAUAAUCACGUCAAUGUAUUUGCGUUUCAUGUAAAACAUUGUUGUACUACUCGUGCACGUCGAAGUUUUACUGUCAUUCUCCUAUUUUAAGGAAGGGGUUAUAUUGUGUAUCGUUUAAAUUAAACAGGGGCAAGGUAUUUUUGCAAUAAUUAAGUGUAAGAAAAAAACAUACGUCAAUAAAAAUAGAAGAUUUAUUUCAACUGAUCAAAGUAUUUGAUACCCAACAGCGAUUAUGAAAUGUGAAAAAUGGCGGCUCUCGUAAAAAAUUUUUCAUGUUAUAAAAAUUUAAUACAAAUUCCAACGAGAUCUACCACUCUUGGAACAACAACGAUUGCAGCCAAACAUCUUUGCACAAUUCCGCAAAAUGAAGAAAAUUAUGAUAUCGUUAUUGUCGGCGGUGGUAUGGUUGGAACUACACUUGCCUGUGCAAUAGCCAAUAAUAGAAGACUCGAAUGCAGAAAGGUCCUUUUACUAGAAGGCAGCAACAAAGUUACGUACCAACCCCAGGAACAAUAUUCUAAUCGUGUAGUUGCUUUGAAUCAACAGACACGUACCUUACUUUCAAGCAUAGGAGCAUGGCAACAUAUAGAAGCGAUAAGACAUUGCCCAGUACGAAAAAUGCAGGUGUGGGACGCCUGUUCUGAUGCAAUGAUUGAAUUCAAUGAAGAUCAUUUAUCAGAAGAAAUUGCUUAUAUAGUUGAAAAUGAUUUGUUGUUACAUGCAGUAAAUAAGCAACUUGCAAAGAAAGAAAACGUAAACAUAGUUUAUGCCUCUAAAGUUGAAAAUAUUAAGUUGCCUAAAACUGAAGGGGAGGCUGCAAAAAUACAAUUGCAGAAUGGAAAAAAAUACAAAACCAAGUUAUUGAUUGGAGCGGAUGGUUCAAAUUCACUGGUACGACAAUCCAUGGGUGUACAAUAUGUAAACUGGAAUUAUAAUCAAUUAGGUGUAGUUGCUACUCUCAAGUUAUCAGAGCCAACAGAGAAUAUUGUUGCAUGGCAGAGAUUCCUUCCAACAGGUCCAAUAGCGCUACUUCCUUUAACGGACUCACUUAGUUCACUCGUAUGGUCGCUACCAAUGGACGAAGCGAAGAGACUUUUGAAAGUUCCAAAAGAAGAAUUUGUUGAUAGCAUAAACAGUGCUUUAUGGAAAAUAUAUCCAAAAGACGGUAUAGUUGAAAGUGGCAUGCGAGCUCUUCAACAAUUACUCGAAGGCUUAUCGUUACAAACGGGUAUUGUAAGACAAUUGCAACCGUCAGUAUCAGCUAUUGUAGAAGGAUCGCGUGCAGCUUUUCCUUUACAAUUCGGUCAUUCAGUAUCAUAUGUUCAGACAGGAACUGCCUUGGUCGGGGAUGCAGCACAUAGAGUCCAUCCAUUAGCUGGUCAAGGUGUUAACUUGGGUUUUGGUGAUAUAACAGUAUUAGUUCAACUUCUUGCGGAGGCUGCUAUAAACGGAGCAUAUUUAGGUGAUAUAUUGUAUCUGAGAAAGUAUGAAACAUUACGACAACGAUACAAUGUUCCAACAAUGCUUGCUAUUGACGCGUUACAUCGCUUGUACAAAGGAACAGCGGCUCCUGUUGUCCUCGCCAGAAGUUUAGGGUUACAAUUGACGAAUGCUGUUCCAUUGUUAAAAAGAGCCAUAAUGGAACAUGCAUCUGGUUAAAGUAGAGUCAAUGAUGUGAAGUUGAUGACAGUGAAUCUAAAAUCGAUGUAAAGUAUAACUUUGUAAUAUAUGCUGUUUUUAUAAUAAAUACUUUGUUAAUGAUUAUUUAUGAUCCAUAAUUCAGUUACUUA